AUUUAGUUUACUAAUUAGUCAAUACUAAACGUUCAAUAAUCAGAAAAAGUAUUAAUCCACUAAUCAGACUUACUGUUAGUCCGCAAGAUCCUUGCUAAGAAUAUUUCUUUGCCACUUUUAACUUCUACAUCAUUUCCAGAUUCGAAUUGUUUGCGAAGAACGCAUAUCGAUUUUUUAACAACUACAACCUUAGAAUCUGAAUAGAAUAAAACAAGUCCAAACUUCGCCAUUUUCCAAAACUUUGAAUAUAUUUAACAAACGUUUCAAGUGCCUAGAACGAACGGAUCCGAAAAUUGGUGCCAAGUGAAAAAUUUUGAAUUGGGUAUCAUUUUUCGUCAGAUAGCUAGGUGACCCACGUGAUUUCUUAUACCCAAUAGUAAAACUUGAAAGCCUGAAGUCUGUCACUCAAGGUACAAAGCAAUGACAUAAUUAGUUUAUCACUGAAAUACCAAAAUUGUUGAAGGCACCUUGAUAUCUAUUAAUCUAAUGUUCUUGUACACGAAGUAAAAUCAUAUUGAACACACGGUCUCUUUACUAUUAACUUUCGUUUUAUGCACCUUUCGAUGUCUUCCAAACCACGUGUACUGAGAUAUGAUCAUUGCGUUCAAAUCAAAACAAUUGACCACUAUUCUAAAAGGCUGUUUGCUUUCAUGUCAAAAAGUGUCCUGAUUGUUGGCUUAAAUUGGAUUCAAUUAUCUUUGAACAUGAUAAAGGUCAAACAAAAUAACCGCUUGUCAAAACGGAAUUUUUGUGAAGACUUGAAGUUCAUGUCGUGAAAAUUUGGCUUUGUGUGAGCCGCUUAGUUGCUCUCAGACUUGAAGUGCAAAAUAGCUCAGAACGAACUACGAACGAUAACUUACCAUGUAAAAGAAAUUACUGUACGCUACUUUUUGCAUUUUAAUUAGCGGCGGUACUUAACCUUUGAAGUAUUGAUAAUGAGAUAAGACCAAGAAGAUGUUUGAGCCUUUGAGUGACUUUAUUUGCUUGUACUUGUAAUUACUUUGCGAACUGUCUAGAGAUUACUUGAAAAGAAACUAAAAAGAAACUAGCUAGCAAGUUAAUUUGGCUUUAAAGUGUUUUUUAAAGCGACAAGGAUUUACUAAUGGAACGUCAUUUCUCUAACAAGGUGCCUUCAGAUUGAUUCUCAGCCACACGUGUGCCGCCGCACCAUUACAAGCCCGCCAAAAUUGUUAAACGUCAAUCAAAUUGUGUUGUCAGUGUUUUUGCAAAAAAAAACAUAAAAAAGUCAUAUGCAGUGAUUUGGGUGAGGUAAAUUUUCCAUUUCGCAAUUUACGUCUUUAGUCAUUUGAUGAUCGGUUUUGUCUUUCGAAGAGAGGUUUUUCAGGGUACAAAUGAUAGCGACAUUGUUUUCAGCAAAGCAAAUAUUUGCAACCAACUGAUAAGCCGCGAUACUGCAAGGCAUAUAACUUUCAUUUUAUUUUGACYGCAUGGUUUAUUGCUUCUUGCUCCAAGCCAACCGAUGAAAAAUGAGUGAUCCAAAAGCGAAGAGGAAAAAGCGUGKGCGAUAUCGAAGCUAUUUGCACRAAGAUAUUUCUCCAUCUAAAGUUCCUAAACGAACAAAGAGACGAUACAAAGAAAAUUCAGGAGGUAGUCCGAGUGACAUUUAYACUGRAAAAACAGAUCMCACAAUUGUAUCGCAUGAAGAAUAUUCUUUACUGGAMACAACUGUCGAUUACAAUGUUGCUUCGUCUUUAAAYACACAAGAAACUAGUGAACCAGAAGACGAGUUGGCAAGCGAAACUGUUUACUUGAAUGGCGAACUGGGUGAAGAGYCCGCYUCAAURGGAAUCAGUCCUAUCAACGAAUUUCUAAGUGAUGAAGACUGGGAUAAGUUCGGUAAUGCUGUUUUCGAUACAGAUAUAGAAAAUAAUGAAGAGAAAGGAGAAAAAGAUGAAGCAGAAAGCGAUGAAUUUGUGCUGGAUGAAAUAAUUGACAAUCAUUGCGACGACUAUGAAGAGAAAGAUCAAUCUACAGAUCCUCCGUUGUAUAAUGGCAGUGCAUUAACGGUUAGCAUGYAUGUAAUUGCUAUUUUGACUUUCGCAAUGGCUCAAAGUCUUACAGCAACUGCUAUGGCUCAUCUACUUGUGCUAAUAUAUCUUCACUGUCCAACACCAAAURAUUGCGYCAAAUCGAUGCACAUGCUUUGGAACCAUUUCMGAUCUGUUAAGGCUCCCAUUGAGUGGCAUUAUCUCUGCUCUCGAUGCAAAACAUACAUUGGCAAAGAUAAACCUUUACCAUCUGAAGAGUGCUGCAAUUGCAAGGGUAGCUUUAAGGAUGGAAAAUUUGAGUCAUGGGAAACUUAUUACUUUUCCAAUAACAUGCCAAUUAAAGUCAAUGCUAGAAACCACUUCUUUUGUCGAAGCUUUAACAACAUAUCGUUUUGAGCACAACAAAA